AUCGCGAGAUUUUGCUCCUUCCUUUUCCCUUUUCCCUCUGAAUCUAAAAUGGGAGUCGACAUCAGACACAACAAGGACCGCAAGGUUCACAGGAAGGAGCCCAAAAGCCAGGAUAUCUACCUGAGACUCCUGGUCAAGUUGUACAGGUUCCUGGCUCGCCGUUCUGAUGCUCCCUUCAACAGGGUCAUCCUUAAGAGGCUCUUCAUGAGCAAGACCAACCGCCCACCUCUGGCCCUCUCUCGCUUGAUCCGCAAGAUGAAGCUUCCAGGCCGUGAGAACCAGACAGCCGUUGUUGUGGGAACCGUGACUGAUGACGUCAGGAUUCAGGAUGUCCCCAAACUGAAGGUGUGUGCUUUGAAGGUGACUUCUGGAGCCCGUCGCAGAAUUCUCAAGGCUGGUGGUCAGGUCAUGACCUUCGAUCAGUUGGCCCUGGCUGCCCCUAAAGGUCAAGGCACUGUGCUGCUGUCAGGACCCCGCAAGGCCAGAGAGGUGUACAGACACUUUGGAAAGGCCCCAGGAACCCCCCACAGCCACACCAAGCCCUAUGUGCGUUCCAAAGGCAGGAAGUUCGAGCGUGCCCGUGGACGCAGAGCCAGCCGUGGUUACAAGAACUAAAGCUGUGUUUCUGUUUUGUAUUGGUCAGUCUGACGCAAAUAAAGAUUGGCUAUUAAAAAUCAGAA